ACUGCGCUGUUUUUGCACCCAUUCGCUAAAUCGGAAACCGGAAUUCCGUCACCACCAAGUGAACUGACUACCGCUGCCAUUUUAACCUAACGGGAAGAGUGGAGAGAUAGCUAGCUAGCUGGGAAACUGCGUGUUUGUUGUUCAGUGGUCUUAUUUACACCUACAACACUUUCACCAUGGCUAUGCAAGCAGCGAAACGCGCUAAUAUCCGAUUGCCUCCCGAGGUGAACAGAAUCCUGUACGUCAGGAACCUUCCUUACAAGAUCACAGCGGAGGAAAUGUACGAUAUCUUUGGGAAAUAUGGACCAAUACGUCAAAUCAGAACAGGCAACACACCUGAAUCGAGAGGAACGGCUUAUGUGGUUUACGAAGACAUCUUUGACGCCAAGAACGCCUGCGACCAUCUGUCAGGCUUCAACGUCUGCAACCGUUACCUGGUGGUCCUCUACUACAACGCAAACAGAGCUUUCCAGAAGAUGGACACAAAGAAGAAAGAGGAACAGCUGAAGCUUCUAAAAGAGAAAUACGGCAUCAACACAGACCCUCCAAAGUAGCGUUCAUCCACCUCCACGCCUCUCGCCUCCAUGUUAAGAAUCUUUCUUUCUCUGUCUGUACAAACCUCCCAGGUUCCUUGGUUUUAUGCUAGUGUCACAGAUACAGAUUUAAAAAUGAAAUUAAGAGUUUGAUUUUUUUUUUCUCUCAUCAGCAAAUAUGUGUGAGGUUGAACACCGUUUAGACCGGCAGUAUGUGAGUUAACAUCAGGGCAGGGAGCUGUUGUUCACUCAUCUGUUUGGUUGAUGAUUCUGUCAAAGUGGUUGACCAGCGGGACAAAUUUAGAUGGUGACUGGUCACACUACUCACCCUGGGUAAGAUGUUGAAAUCUCUCAGAGCAUGUCACUUUACAGUUUUUUUACUCUUUUCAUACUUCUAAAAUCUUACCUUAAUUUAAAGCCGUGGUCAUGCAGUGUGUGUGUGAUAUCCAAUUGAGUUGAUCAGUACACACUAUCUAAAGUGUAUGGUUUCUGUAAAAUAAAUGUCCCUUUUCUUAAA